AUGACUGAAACUCCUGAAAAUAAGCAAGAACUCGAGAAAGAUCCAACAAAUACCUUCCUAACAGGUGUUAACAUCGAUGUUGACGCUUGGAGAGAACAAACUGUUGAAGAAUUAACUGCUUGGUUAAAUGACAUCAAGAGUAAAAAGACAGAAUUUGGAGAUCCACUUGUUGAUUUUCCUGAUGGAUGGGAUCAAGGCCAAAAUCUUUCAACAAAUCAACAAAUUGAUGUAAUUGCAAAAGGUUUAGCAGCAAAAUUGCAAGGUGCUGAAGCUAAAGAAGCUAAAGCAGAUUUACAAAAUAUUAGAGCACAAGCUGAUAAACUAAAGCAGCUUGAAAAGCAACUUGCCGCUCUCGAUGCAGAUGAUGAUGAAAUUGAAACAGAAUUAUCUAAAGAAGAUGAAGCCUUUCUUGAUGAGGAAAUAGUCAUACCAAAUAUAGAUGUUUCUGGGCCAAAUCCAUUUGAAAUUGACCCAGAUUCAAUGAAAAGACUUAAAGAAAUAGAUGAAAAGCUUGGAACAACUGAUGAAGAUAUGAAGCAACCAACAAGAACAAUGGAAGAAAUAAAUAAUGAUAUAAUGAAAUUAUAUCAAAAUCCUGAAGGCGAUAAACCAGAAAAUGUUACAUUAUUAGACGCCGAAGAAGAUAAUAAAGAAAGCGAUGAAACAAAAGAGCCAUCUUCAGAACGUCCUUCUUCCACUCCAAAAUCGCCUCAAGAAAUAUCAUCAUUAAGCCCACCAGUUGAAGCAGCAUCAGCUCCUAAGUCACCACCACAUAAAUCAGCACUUAAAUCUCCUCUUUCUUCUGCUCUCAAUCAAAAGCCAAUUCCGCCUCUUCAGCAAAUCACUGGUGAUAUUCAAUUGAAGCAAAUCAGAUCAAAGAAACCUCUUAUGAAGAAAUGA